AGCACUAUUGUCCGGUCGCUUGAUGAGCUCAUAAACGAGUCGUUUGAUUUGGGUUUUUUCCAAAUCAAUUCUUCGCCCCCAAAAAUAAUGCGAGUUACCGUAACCGGUAUAUGACAUUAAACAAAAAAAUACUAACAAAAUGAACGUUUUUACAUUGCCUGGGGUUGCUGAUAUAGGAAUGGUGUGGAUGGGUGCAGGACAAGCUGCUGCUGACAUGUCUCUCGGAUUAAUACCAAAUGAAACCAACGAACUCAUGUUGGAACAGGACAGUCCUUACUAUACUCCGUCACAUCAUAGUGCAUCAAAUCAUUCUCUGGAUGAUAUACAAAACAUGCACAAUUCACCAAUGGUAAUGGUUAUGGAAGGAUUAGAUAUGUUACCAAUGGUUGAUAUAAAACAGGAUAGUAACGGAAGUUACAUAGAUGAUGAUAAUUCUGAACCUGUUUACAUGAUAAAUACAGCCACUCAAACGAUACCAUGUCCAACGAGAAAGAUAAAACCGGUAAAACAUCCAGGUUUAGUUCUUAAGACACCAAUUGCUUACCAAAGUAAUACUGAUCCAUCUGUCAUACCUAUACAAAAAGACGGGAUAGCGAUAUGUGAAAAAUGUGGCGCAAUGGGUGUUAAGCACGCAUUUUAUACAAGAGAACGUCGGUUUUGUAGUAUGGCUUGCGCUCGGGGUUACAGCGGUUUAGUACCGGAACCUUUGCCUCAAUCGCCUCAAACCACCCCGGAACACAAACCCUACGCCCACCAUAGUUUUAAAUUGGAGUCUCAGGAAGAUCUCUCAGGUUUAAUCUCGGACCAACCGUUGCCUCAAUUAGUAAGACCGCCGGAACUGCAACCAAUCGAUGAUAACCUUCCGUUAACUCGACGGAAACCUCCCGAAUUGGCGAAUACUUUUGAUUGGGAUCGACAACUUGAAACCGAAAAUUUCGUUGCCGCUCCGGUUACAUGUUUUAAACACGUUCCAAUGGCGGAUAUUUGGGGGAGUAUUUUACCUGGCAUGAAAGUUGAAGUUGAAAACACAGAUUGCGAUAACAUCUCCGAUACAUUUCCCGAUUCAUUUUGGGUUGCAACUGUUAUGAAAAUUAUAGGUUAUAAAGCGCUUUUGAGGUACGAAGGUUUUGGUUCGAAUUCGACCAAAGAUUUUUGGGUUUCUUUAUGUUCAAAUCAAGUACACCCGGUCGGUUGGUGUGCAACGCGCGGUAAACCUCUUAUUCCACCCAAAACUAUUGAAGAUAAAUAUGGGGAUUGGAAAGAUUUCUUAAGGAAGAGGCUAACGGGCGCGAGAACUUUGCCUUCUAAUUACAGCAAUAAAAUUAACGACAGCCUUAAAUCGAGGUUUCAAUGCGGACUAAAUCUCGAGGUUGUUGAUAAAAAUCGAAUUUCCCAAGUGAAAGUUGCUAUGAUCCAUAAAAUCGUUGGCAAACGACUUAAUGUUAAAUAUUAUGAUAUGCCACCUGAUGAUGCUGGAUUUUGGUGUCAUGAAGAUUCACCUUUAUUACAUCCGGUUGGAUGGGCUAAAAAGGUUGGUCAUCAUUUAGUAGCCCCAUUAAAUUACCUCGAAAAGGUUCACGAAGGUAUUUUCGACGAAGAAGACGCAACGGACGAAUUAUUCACCCCUUUUCAAGUUGGUUUUAAAGAAAACACCGGGUAUUCCGGUUUUUCAAUCGGAAUGAAACUAGAAGCAAUCGACCCGUUAAAUUUAAGCUCAAUUUGUGUGGCGACUGUUAUGGAUGUUUUAAACUACGGUUACAUCAUGAUCCGUAUCGAUACUUACGAUUCAGACGCGACGGGUGCCGAUUGGUUUUGUUACCAUGUCAGUUCACCAUGUAUAUUUCCCGUUGGAUUUUGCGAAAAGAACAAUAUCCCUUUAACGCCACCAAAAGGAUAUGACCAAUUUACGUUCGAUUGGAAUAGUUACUUACAAAACACUUAUAAAGUUCCAGUUACGGUUAGUUUGAUAAAUCAUUUUGUUCCAACGCAUGGAUUCCGGGAAGGAAUGAAAAUUGAAGCAGCUGAUUUAAUGGAUCCGAGAUUGGUUUGUGUAGCGACGGUGGCUAAAGUUGUGGGGAGGCUGUUAAAAGUACACUUUGAUGGUUGGGAGGAGGAGUAUGAUCAGUGGUUAGAUUGUGAAAGUCCGGAUAUUUAUCCAGUUGGUUGGUGUCAAAGCGUUGGGCAUAAAUUGGAGGGACCUAAACAAGAACCGAAACUGUUAACACCGCCGAAAGAAUUUCAAUUAGGUAUGAAGAAACGCGGCAGGAAAAAGAAAAUAAAAGAAACGUCAUCGCCAAAAGCUCUCUCUCAGAAAAGUGUAAAAUCCGAGGAUUCGAUGGAUGUGGAUCCAGAUCGUGAUAUGAAAUCGGAAGCGGAUAUAGAAGAAGAACCUUUAGAGGUUGAAUCGAAUCAGCAGGAUCCUACAACGGGUAACAAUGAAAAUUUAGGAUGUUUACCUCCGGCCGAAAGAAAAGCUACUUCUUAUAUUAACACGUCUAAUAAUACAAGUACAAAACUUAUACCUCGAUUAAUAGAUAGUAGUGGAGGAUCUUGUGAAUCUAGCGAACUCUGUCCAGACGAUUGGAAUGUUUUUGAUGUGGCGCAAUUUUUAAGGGUGAACGAUUGCGCGAAUUAUUGCGAUAGUUUUAGUAAACAGAAAGUGGAUGGAAAAACGCUAUUAUAUUUGAGUAAAGAAGAUAUUUUGGCAUACACGGGUGGUAAAGUUGGACCUUCUUUGAAAAUUUUCGACUUGAUUCAACAGCUAAAAGUGAAGAUGAACCCGUCACAGUCUCGUCACCUCAAAGUAGCAAAUAUCAAAAAGUUCUUAUAGUGCCUCAUUAAAACAAAAAACAAUAAGUUUAUUAACUAUGUUUUAAUUAUCUAAGUUUCAAGAACAAUUUCAACAACAACAAAUAAAUCAAGAAUAACAACACCUUUUUGUUCAUUAUCACCGUUUCUUUUUCUUUUAUUUCGAUUGAAAGGCGCUUUUUCAAAAGAGAUAUAAUAGGAAAUAAGAAUGUUAUAAGUCGAGAAGUAUUUAUUAUAUUUUUAAGUAAUAUUUUUCUCAAAUAAUUUUUUUUGAGAGAUUAACUUUUUUUUAAUUAAUAUUACUUUUUUUAAGUACAGUGUGUAAGGUUUAAAAAGUACGAAGACGUAAACUUAGUAAAAAUAAAGUACCAAUUAUGUAUA